AUGCGUCUCCCAUACGUGCAGAACCCUCCUUCAACAGAAACAGCAGACGAAGCGCGCAUCCUAGCAAGCGUCCAAGGCCGCCGAGCCCCAAACCCUCUCCUCCCACUGGACCUAGCCCUCCUCCAUUCCUACCCGGUGACAGAAGGCUGGAAUUCCUUCAUUGGCGCAAUCCGCACACGAACAACUCUCUCAGAUGUCGUCCGCGAACUAGCAAUCUGCCGCGUGGCAGUAGUAAAUGGCGCAUUGUUCGAAUGGGAACAACAUGCGCCACUGCUGCAGCAGGGCGGACUGAGCGAGGAGGCAUUGAAGAUUGUCGGGGAUUCUCAGGCUGACUUUACGGAUGAGGAUUUGCUUUCGAUUUUGAGUGCUGAGCAGAGGGCUGUUUUGAGAUAUACCGAUGCAAUGACUAAGACGGUUGCUGUUCCUGACGAGGUGUUUGGACAGGUGAGAGCUUGUUUCAAUGAGAAGGAGGUUGUGGAGAUUACGGCGACUAUUGCCGCUUAUAACUGUGUCAGUCGCUUCUUGGUUGCUCUUGAUGUUGGAGAGAAGAACCAUUGA